CGACACAGACUAAGAACUUACAGGUUCAUAAAAUCACUUCAAGGUUCAAUGACAAAGUGUAAAAAGUUCACUGACUGUGUGAAACUUUGGUCAGAGGGAAUAGAAGAGACGAUAAAUGUCAGCCAAAAGAAAAGUCUGUCGGAGCAGGCAGGAUGUCUGUGACCAUGACCAAGGCUGAAGGGGUCACUGUGCUCACUUUGACCUCGGACCCCCAAAGUGUUUUACCUCCAAUAUGCCAAAUCCUCAAAGGCCUUUGUUACAGCCCUAUAUGCUGCUCUGUGUCCCAGCAUCUGAAGAAGCUCCAGGGCUCAUCUCAGUCAGUCCUGGGGGCUCUGCAAAUCAUGAUUGGUUUGCUGAACAUCGGCCUCGCAGCGAUCCUCUGCUCUGGGUCUGGCUCUUGGUGGCAAAUGGAUGAGUCCAAGUUUCCCUUUUGGAUGGGAGGACUGUUUAUUUUAUUUGGUGUCGUGAGCAUCGUGUCUGAGAAGCGUCCAAGUCCCUGCCUGGUUAUCCUCAACGUGAUUCUGAAUCUCUCAGGAGUUGCUUUCUCCAUUGCAGCCAUCGUGCUCUACAGCAUCAACAUUGCAGAGUUUUGGUUGUGGUGGAUGUGUGAAAAUAAUAAUUACAAUAAUUAUUACGACCCAAACACUUCAACAACUCCAUCUCCUGAUAAGACUAAAUGCUUGGAGGUCAAAGGAAUAACUCUGAUGCUUUUGAGAAGCAUCAACGCCGUGCUGAUUGUUCUGUCCGUCCUGGAGUUCUGUGUGGUCAUCAGCUCUGCUGUCUUGGGGAUCAAGGCUCUUUGCUUCAUUCAGAAGAGAGAGAAGAACAAGAGUCCUGAAGACCCCCAACUCUACAAACCCCUGCUGGAGGAGGUCACCAGUAACCCUGCAGCCUGAAUGAAAACCUCUGCUUUGCACUUUUAGUGACCAGACAGGAACUCUCCUGUUGUGCUUUUAUGAAUCAUAACCACUGACUGUAUUUACUGUUAAAUCAUCCGCUCACUUGGUAUAACCUGUGCUGAAAUUAAAGGUUCUUCUCCUACAAGGGUAGCUUAAAAAUGUUUGCACUUAUACUUUUAGAGCACUGGUUCUCAACUGGUGGGUCAGGACCAAAAAGUGGAUCACCAAUGUGUGCCUGGAAAAAAUAAAGUUUUUAAAAGUCUAUGAAGCACUAUAAAAACAUGUCCCAUGUUUAGUUUUUAUUUAAUAAAUCUCAUUCGUUGAGAAAUA